AUGCUGUUGGCACUCGGUGCUGCCGUGGCGUUUGUCGCGGUGUGGCAAUACCUUGGAUUGUUACUAUCAACAUUUAUAUUUCUCGUCGGUGUUGUGGUGUACCAUCUGGUUUUCCACACGAGAUGGUGUUACAUAGCCAUAAAAACAGCUCCCAGAGAUUUAAGGGCUCUCUGGUGUUAUGUGAAAGUGUUACUCUUGGCAUGGAGGUGUUCUAGAAACAAUUUAACCGUUCCUGACAUUUUCCAUGAGGUUGUGCAAAGAAAUCCUAAUAAAACUUGCUUCUAUUUUCAAGAUGAAGUUUGGUCAUUUAAAGAGGUGGAAGAGUACAGUCUACGAGUGACGGCUGUCUUGAAGAACCAGGGCAUCAAAAAGGGACAAAUUGUCGGUCUCUUGACGAACAACUGCCCUCAAAUGCCGGCAUUAUGGUUGGGGGCAGCUCGUCUCGGUGCCAUUUGCCCACUAAUAAACACCAAUCAACGCGGCAACGCCUUGAUCCAUUCGGUCACAGUGGCUAAGUGCGACGCCCUUAUAUUUUCCGACGAAUACUUGUCAGCUUUUCAAGAGGUAUCUGGACAGCUAGAUCCCAAAAUCAAGGCCUUUAAAUUCACUCAACGUCCUCUGAACUCUCCAAAACCCGAGAAGGCGAGUGGAGAUGGAAUUCCUGACUUCGCCGACCUUGUGGCAUCCACUUCACCAGCGCCAUGGACUAAGGCUGAUGGUUAUGGCUUCCAGGGAAAACUCUUGUACAUCUACACGUCUGGAACUACAGGUCUGCCGAAAGCAGCUGUUAUUACUAACUCUAGGUUCAUAUUUAUGGUAUCGGGCAUGCAGCACAUGCGACUUAACUCUUCGGAUGUCGUGUACUGUCCUUUACCAUUGUACCACACUGCUGGGGGCAUCGUGAGUGUGGGUCAAGCUCUAAUCUUCGGUUGCACCGUCAUACUCAAACCGAAGUUUUCGGCGUCGCAAUACUUCCCUGACUGUGCGAAGUAUAAAGCAACGGCAGCCCACUACAUAGGCGAGAUGUGUCGUUACAUCCUGGCCACGCCGCCCUCGCCGGCCGACAAACAGCACAACGUGCGCGUCGUUUUCGGCAACGGACUGAGGCCGCAGAUUUGGACCGAAUUUGUAACUCGUUUCAACAUUAAGUACGUGACCGAGUUCUAUGGGGCGACUGAAGGAAACGCUAAUAUUGCAAACACUGAUGGUACUCCAGGGGCGAUAGGAUUUGUGUCGAGAAUAUUUCCAUCAGUUUAUCCGAUCGCUAUUAUAAAAGUGGACCAGGAGACGGGAGAACCAAUUCGUGAUGCCCAAGGGUUGUGCCAGGUCGCAGGACCAGAUGAGCCGGGUGUAUUCAUCGGCAAGAUAUCACCAAAUAACCCAUCUCGGGAGUACCACGGAUACGUCGACAAGGCCGCUUCUGAUAAGAAAGUUGUCAGGGAUGUGUUUUCGCAUGGAGAUUCAGCUUUUAUAUCUGGUGAUAUUCUGGUAGCAGACGAGUUCGGUUAUCUGUACUUCCGCGACCGAACGGGCGACACCUUCAGAUGGCGUGGGGAAAAUGUCAGCACCAGCGAAGUUGAGGCUGCCAUAUCUCGCGUCGCUGACCAUAGAGAUGCUGUUGUGUAUGGUGUUUUGGUUCCUAACACUGAGGGUCGAGCUGGUAUGUGCGGUAUCGUGGAUCACAACGGGUCCUUAGACUUGGAAAAACUAGCCAAAGACCUGGCUAGAGACCUGCCGCCGUACGCGAGACCCGUCUUCGUCAGAGUUAUGAACAGUAUGGACAUGACAGGAACAUUUAAAAUGAAGAAAACCGACUUACAAAAGGAAGGAUUCGAUCCAAAUCUAACAAAAGGCGACAAACUAUAUUUCUUAGAUCUAAAACAGAACAAAUAUAUACCCUUAGGACUUGAGGAGCCGGUUUGUGUACCAAGCGGUCCCUUCGGGGAUCAGCUGUUCGCGCAUGUGCACCUGGCGUCGGAGGGAUUCAUUGACGCGGCGAGCGGUUGGGCGCACGUCCUUGGCGCAUUUAGGAAGAGACAUUCGCAGCCGACGGACGCGCGCAUGGACGCUCUGCUGGCAGCGCUCGUCGCGCUAAUGGCAUUAGCCGCUGCGAUGGCCGCCGUGUUGAGCACGCUCUCCAAAGCGGCGAUUUUCGCGAUCCUCGCCAUCGCACCAUGUGUGUACCGGUACAGGAAGAGAAUUUAUGUGAUCGUGAAAACAUUGCCGAGGGAUAUCAAAUUUCUAUGGCGAUACGCGAACGCUAUGAUUCGCACUGCAAAAUACGCCCGCAACAACACCUCUGUAGCGGAGCUGUUCACGCAGCGGGCGCUCAAGCAGCCCGAUGCGCCGUGCUUUUUCGUUGUUGGGGAUCGAACUUGGACCUUCAGAGAGAUGGCGGAGAACUCAAACAGGGUGUCACGAGUCAUGCAGGAGCAAUUGGGGCUGAAACGCGGUGACGUCGUUUGUGUGUUCAUGCCGAACUGUGCUGAGUUCGUCUACACGUGGCUCGGGAUGGCGAAGCUGGGCGUCGUCUCCGCUCUGAUUAACAGCAACCUGCGGCACAAGCCUCUGCUGCAUUGCAUCCAAGUUGCCAACGCUAAGGCUAUUGUCUAUUCGGAGUGUUUGGCUGGAGCUAUUAAAGAAAUUAAAGACGAACUCCCAGCUGAUAUAAAGCGAUUCCAACUGUAUGGCGAAAGCGCUCCUGGGGUGACAGACCUUCGCGCGGAGAUGGACAAGCAGUCGCCUGAUUACCCAGAAGUAGCUGACAAGCCCCAGUACAAUGACACCCUUCUCUACAUUUACACGUCUGGUACAACGGGAAUGCCUAAAGCAGCUGUGAUGAAGAACUCAAAGUAUCUGAUUGUUGUGGUGGCGACAGUCCACAUGCUGGGUCUGAAUUCCAAGGACCGCAUGUACAAUCCAUUGCCGCUGUAUCAUUUGGCUGGAGGGCUGGUGGGGACGGCCGCCGCUGUGGUGGAUGGCAUACCUUCUGUGCUGCGAACCAAGUUCUCAGCCUCCAACUAUUGGACCGAUUGCAUUAAAUACGAAUGCACGGUUGCACAAUACAUAGGCGAGAUGUGCCGGUACCUCCUCGCUCAACCUCCAAAGCCAACGGACACGCAGCAUCGGGUCAGGAUCAUGGUUGGAAACGGGAUGCGACCAGCCAUCUGGCAGCAGAUUGUAGAUAGGUUCAAAGUACCUCAGAUAAACGAGAUAUACGGAGCUACGGAAGGCAACGCAAAUAUUAUUAACGUGGACAACACAGUUGGCGCAGUGGGAUUCCUGCCCAAAUUGGUGCCGACCAGCCUACACCCGAUAGCCCUGGUGAAGAUUGACGAAGCCGGAAAUGUGAUCCGCGGCGCAGACGGCUACUGCAUACGCUGUCAGCCGAAUGAGCCAGGCAUGUUCAUCGGAUUGAUUUCUCAGCGGAACGCGGCCAGGGCGUAUCACGGUUACGUUGAUAAGAGCGCCAGUAAGACAAAAGUCGAAAAAGACGUGUUUACAAAGGGAGACGCGGCGUUUGUCAGCGGAGACAUUCUGGUGGCUGAUGAACUGGGCUAUCUGUUCUUCAGGGACCGAACUGGUGACACGUACAAGUGGAAAGGCGAGAAUGUCGCCACGGCUGAAGUGGAGGACGCGCUCGGAAGCGUUCUUGAUCGGCGAGACUGCGUCGUUUAUGGAGUUUCCAUCCCUCAAACAGAGGGUCGCGCGGGAAUGGCAGCCAUUGCGGACCCCGCUCUAUCCCUGGACUUAGCCCAGUUGGCAGCCCACGUGGACCAUUCACUGCCGUCUUAUGCUAGACCACUCUUCCUUCGCAUCACUAAAGACAUAGAGAUCACCAGCACUUUUAAAUUAAAGAAAAUUCAGUAUCAAAAGGAAGGAUUUGACCCGGACGUGAUUAAGGACCCGCUGUAUUUCCGGUCCGGAGCCGAGUUCGUGCCAGUCACGACUCAGCUAUUCACAGACAUUUGUAACGGAAAAGUUAAACUCUAA